AUGUCGGCGACUAGGUUACUAGAGUUCGAUGCCCAAGGGCAGGCAGUGUCGGCAACAGGCACGACUAACACAUUUCAGGGUUUUCAGCAAAGCACUGCCACCUCUUCUCCACAACUCCCUGGAAAGUCUAAAUAUAUAAUCGAAUAUGGCGUUCUUACUAUGUAUGAUGCAAAUAAUUCUACUGGAUCACAUGGCAUGUUGUUUCUCUUCUGCGAACUUGAAACAGAUAAAAUCGUCUUCUCGUAUCGUGAGGGUGCCACUGGUAACGUGUACGCCCGUAGCUUCACAGACGAGGAGCUCGAGAUCGAAAAAAAUGCCUCAGGGGUUGCCUUUUCGUGGGCACCCUUUUUUAAAUCUGUUGCAGCAGCCUUGAUCAAGUCCACAGCAGUUGUUUCCGCAACAACAGAGACGCAGAAAGAUGUUUCUUUCACCAUUUGCAACUCUAAGGAUACCUCCCGUAGCUACCCAUUUAAGGUUACUAUGGGCCUAGUUUCGAACGGCAGGUCUCCUUCUAUGGAGGUAGUGUUUCGGUACGUCCUUAGGCCCCUUUCCAGAGGCCUGCAAUAUUAUCGCCGGAUGGACAAUAAGCGUAUGCUUCAGACCCAGCGUAUAGAAUGCGAGACGGUAAUUAAUAAGGCCUCACUGGAUCGACUCAAGAAAGAUGCAGAUCGUUUGCUUUCUGUCAUUCACCCACUGUGUGAAGAUUUGGCGAGUUCCGUGUAUGAGUCCAUGAAGUUGUCUAAUGAAUUACGCCGCUGUGAAGAUCAAGUUCGUGAGCUGAGGGGGAAGAAUGGGGUCAAGAAGCACCCUCUCGACGCUCUUUAUGAUGACGGCGGUCCCCAGAGGUUUCAGCACAUCUCUUGGAGCGUGCAGCACUACCCAUAUGAGGCAGAGGUCAAUGAUAUCUUGCUGGACUGCAUCCGCGCCGCCCUCCCGCUACCACCGGGGGAGACGCUAGACUCAAUCUCACGAGUCUUUGAAUUGCCUGAUAUUAAACAGCGCAUUGAGUCGUCUGGUAACCGCCAAACCAUUGUAGAGGCAUUCGAAGUAUUUAAAGGGAUUGACCAAUGGGGCUGUGAUACCAUUGGCCUGGAAAUCCUCACUGAGGGUAAUUCCCUCUUCUACAUCGUGUACAUCCUCAUGUACAAGUUGGAUCUUGUUAGCCAUUUCAGCAUCGAUGACCAAGUUUUGCGCAACUUUUUAGCUGCGGUUCAGGCUGGUUACCAUGCGAAUCCAUACCACAACGCCAUGCAUGCUGCCGAUGUAACACAAAUUAAUUAUUAUAUAAUGAUGGUCGCUGGCCUCUGCGAUAAAUGUUGUUUGACUCGCAUAGAAAUUUUUGCUGGUCUGAUCUCAGGUGCGAUCCACGACUUUGAUCAUCCAGGGCUAAAUAACAACUUUCACGCUCGAACGAACGCACACUUGGCCACUCUCUACAAUGAUCGAUCCAUCUUAGAGAAUCAUCACGUUGCGUGCAUUUUUGAACUUCUCCGCAACCCACGGUAUGAUAUUUUGGCGACCUUGGAUGAGCAACAAAAAAUGGACUUCCGUACUGUUGUGCUUGAAAUGGUACUAGCCACAGAUAUGGGGAACCACGCAAAGAUAUUCAAAAAAUUUCAGCUACGUGUUUCUGAACCAGAGGACUGGCACUCAAAAAAGGAUGAUGUGAUGUUGGCGUUGUGCAUGUCCAUAAAAAUGGCAGAUGUCUCCAAUUGUGCACGCCCUAGUCAUAUUUACGCGGUGUGGGCGCGCAACAUCGCGAAUGAAUUUUACCUACAGGGAGAUGCUGAACGUUCCCUUGACCUUCCAAUCACCCCUUUCAUGGAUCGCACGAAGGACAAGGGUGAGUUCGUGAAGGGACAAAUAGCAUUCAUCAUGUUUAUAGUACGACCAUUGGUGGAGGCGAUCUCCGAAUUGCUGCCAUCUCUUUCCUUCAUGGUUGGCUUCUGUAGCGAAAAUAUGCACCUUCUGAAGACUAGAAAUGAGAGGUCACAAAUUUGA